ACCCAGAAUAGCUACAACCUCCUUGACUCUUAUCAGCCUAUUUAACAAGUACAACCCUAGUGAUGAAGCACUUGUGCUCUUGAAAGAAAGGUCACAAGUUCAAAUCUCUUAAGAAGAUUGCUGGUAUCAAGAUCCUUUCCUUUCCUAACAACGCCCGAGACUCUGUGGAGGAUUUAGGUAACACCAGAAGAUCAAACACAGCGGCAAGUGCGAGACUCUGUGGAGGAUUUAGGUAACACCAGAAGAUCAAACACAGCGGCAAGUGCGAGUAAGUCGAGACUCGAGGGGAACAUCCAUAAUACUAAAGCGUGUACCUAGGUUAUUGUUUUAUUCCCAGGUAUAUCGUGUAUGAAAAGGAGGGCAUUCAUGCAUGAUUAGCAUGAUGAUCAUAUAUGAACUUGAGGAAGCUGAACUCUCAAAAGGGUAUUUUUAGAUCUGAAUCUGUAAGUACAGCUGAGUUCUUGUUUUGUGGGUAUACCCCAAAAUGGGUGUGGAAGCAAUGAUAGCAGUCGGGAUAGUCUGGGGUACCACGAAUGCAUUGAUCAAGAGGGGUACCCUCAUCUCUGAACAGCACAAAAACGAGAGACGGAAGAAAUCCUUACCACUUUCCAAUGAGGGCUCGAGAUUUGAUUGGUUAGUCAACUACAUUGAAGAGUGGGUAAGUCUUCUCUGUGUGUGGCAAUACUCUAUUCCAUUCAUAAUCAAUUUGUCAGCCUCAGCUGGAUUCUUUCUCAUAUUGGGGGAUAGCCCAAUCUCCUUAGCAGUGCCUGUAACCAAUGCAGUCACUUUUGCAGCAACUGCUGUAGCAGGAUUAGCCCUCGGUGAGACCAUGCAUCUUCUGCACACUCUCCUGGGUCUGCUGCUUACUUUAUCUGGUGUUUGGUUAUGUAUCACUUCCUCAUAGGUAAUUUCUGUUUGUUUUAAGUGGUUUAUAGUUACUUUUUUUUGGGUUGGCUUCAUGAAACAUUGAGCAUGUAUGAGAGCAUGCGAAAGAAGGAACGGGAAUUUAGAGAUGCACAAAUGCCUGCAUAUUUCUCUCAUUUGUUGCUCAUUUGUGUCAUAAUGUUGAUUUAGGGCAUAGAAAUCUCUCGUGCCCAAAUCAUUGAUAUGAUUCCUUUCUGUUGCCUCUCAUUCAUAUUACAUUGUCAGUGUGAUUUGUGAUCAAAGAUCUCUGUUUUCGUAUAGCUUAUUGAAUGUAUGUGACUAGUUGCUA